UUUUUUAGGUGUCGAUUUGUAAUUGUGUUUACAAAAUAUUUUUGUUUACAGCAUUUUUGUUUAUAAUUAAAUGAAUUACACAUUUUUGUUUAUUAAUAAAUGAAUUCAACUUAUAAGGAUUUUCACCGCUGCAAAGCAAUUGAUUGCAAGCAGGGUGCUGUACGCGCCGUACGUUACAAUGUUGAUGGUUCAUAUUGCUUAAGUUGCGGAUCGGAUAAGAAGAUCAAACUGUGGAAUCCAAAAACAGGAUUAUUACUUAAAACAUAUGGUGGCCACGCAGAUGAGGUGACUGACGCCUCAGGUAGUUGCGACAGUUGUUACAUUGUUUCGUCAAGUCUUGAUAAAAGCAUAAUCUAUUGGGAUGUAUCAACCGGCGUACCAGUACGUCGAUUGCGUGGUCAUGCUGGUGGAGUACGGUGUAUCUGUUUUAAUGAAGACUCUUCCAUUGCUAUAUCUGGUGGACGUGAUAACGCUGUUUGCUGUUGGGAUAUACGAACACGACGAUUAGAACCCGUGCAGAUUAUGAAAGAUGCACGAGAUUGCAUUACAACUGUUCUAACAAAUGAACACAAAAUAAUAACAUCUUCAUUGGAUGGUUGUAUACGUCAAUAUGAUAUACGUGUGGGUGAAUUAGUGUGUGAUAAAAUCGGAGAGCCUAUUACAUUUCUAAAACUGACACGUGACGAGCAAUGUAUUGUGGCAUCAUGUCAAGAUAGUGCAGUGCGUCUUAUCGACUGUGAUACUGGCAGUCUCUUGUCUGAAUAUAAGGGCCACAAAGCGGAAGAUUUCCAUAUCGAAUGUGGUAUUAUGGCGAAUGAUGCGCACAUUGUCUCUGGGACAAGCGAGGGUUGUGCAGUAGUUUGGGAUCUGCUCGAUGGGAAAAUUUUGCAACGCAUUCAAUUGAGUGAAAAUGGCGGAGUUGUCAAUUCAUUGGAUACACAUCCCAAGGAAAACGAAAUAGUGUUGACGCGACGACGAGAUUUAUAUGUUUACAAUACAGAUUUGAAUGGAGAUGAUAUUGAUAAUGCGACUACAUAACACAGUAUGGAAUAACUGUUUUUCCAAGCCAAUCUAUUCUCUCCUCAGGAUUAUUGUUAUGGCUGUAGCAGCAUGUUCGGUGGAUUCAUUCAAUUUUAUAGAUGUGUAUAUUUUAUAUAUAAUAGUAAAUGAUUAAUUAACUAUCAUACUGAUUAGGUUUAUAAUAAUAUGCAAAUUUAUUUGUAACAUCUCUUAUAAAGUAAUAAAAAUAAUCUAUCUUA